AUGCAAAUAAACACAUGGGCUAAUUGAAGCCUAUAUUAUACUCAGUUCUCGCGUGAGACUUAAACAGAUAUUGUCUAUAUGUCUCAACAUUUGGUGAAAAUGCACCGAAAAAUUGAAUUAGUUAACGUUCACUAUCGAAAGAAGGUUGGCAGACAAUAUUGAUGCUUCAGCUUGUCUUUUGAAAAAAAGUCACCUGAAAUAUUCAUGCGUUUAACAACUGUUCUAUUCAAUAGAUGUUCAAAAUAAGGUCGAUUUUUUUCUGCUAGAACAGAUGCCAAAUUCCCUAACCGACUGAGACCCAUAUCAUUACUCGUCAAUAUUGAGUAAAUCCUUGAAUAGCUUGUUCAUAAUCGUGCUCUGUUAUGAUGUAAGAAUAACAAUAUAUUUAUUGACAAUCUAUCUCGUGUUUUCCUAGUAGAAGAUUGCCAACUAGAAUUACUUUAUUCAUUGAAGAAUAAAUAGAUAACGUGUCGAGUUGUCAAAUCGCUUUUCACUAGAAGUUAUCACCAUUCGAUCGCGGUGUGGACUUGGAUAUGAGAAAAUAUGAUAUUAUGUCUAUGAAGUGAAUACAAUAUCUGUACACCUGACCCUAUAAUCUCAACAUAUCUUGUCUCUCACGCUCUCACUCACACCUAUCCUGGCAGCAGUAACCAUCAUGAAACAAAAUGAAAGUUCAACAAAACUAGAUAGAGUCAAUAGUGAUUCUAAGUCUACUAUUAAAACUGAUGAACAUCGUACUUUUACUAUGACAAUACAGUUUUAUGAGUGUAAAUUAAUAAAUCAACGUGAACACAUUCAUUUGAAUGUUGAAGCCUGGCAUUAUAAUAUUUUGCAAUGUAAAGCAUUUUUUUCUAAAUUCAUUUCAGUUUUUUCAUCAAUAGCUCGAGCUUUUGUUAACUAUUAUCAAACACGUUACGAUUCCAAAAAAGAAAUUUUUUUAAAUUAAACAAUUUCAAAUUAAUGGUACUUCUAUUUGCUUAAGCCGACGAAGUCUGAAAGACGGAAGUCCCGCUGAUUCAGAAGGGUAUGGGUGUGGAUGAGAGUCUGGGUGCCAAUUGAAAUAGGAUACAGUCACACCGAACCCACAUCCUAUUUGAUCGAUCAAAUAUCGUGUUGCUUGUUUUGAUUUUCUGAAGAAAUAAGAGAUACUUAUUUUCGAUACACUAUUCUGUAGUUUCGAGCACUUAGAAUAGAAUUAUUUUCAAGCAGUAUGUUCGAAGUAGAUCAAUAUAUAAGAAUCAGUUGUUUUUUGAGGAUCCUUGUUUGUUACAGGCACUUGAUUUAUUCACUUUAAUUAACGGAAACUGUUCUCGCCACAUAUAUCUGCGCACUUUUCUUCAAAAUACUUCUCACUUUCACUGAUAUACAUGGAUGUGGGUCGAUCGAUAUGUAUAAUAGACUUGCUCAGGUGUCAUUCUUUUUUAUUGAUUUUUUGAUACAAAUAAGUUCUCUUGCGUUCUUUAAGGUUGAAAAAAUGGUCGAAGAAGUUUGAAUGAUGCACGACGUCGAGAAAAAUAAAAUAUUAUCAUCUAAUGUUCUUUUCAUGAUAUUAUACUUAUUGCUGGCAAUCUGUUCUCCGUUAUAAUCGACAAGUAUACGAAUAAAUUCCUAUGAGACUGAGAAAAUUUGUGUCCAAUGAGCUGAACAAAUAUUUUAUAGAAUUUUUCACCAAAAUGAGAGGUACAUUCAAACAAAUCACAAUAAUGAAUGUUGAUCUGAGAUUUCUUUUACUGCUCAAUAAAUUGACUUGAAAGCUUCAACAGAAAUAAAUAUUUCUCCCUUGAAAUGUUGAUUUUCCAACAACAGUCAUUUAUCAUGGGAACAAAACGACCAUCAAGAUCUCAAAAAGAAAAUAAAUCAAUUAUUUUCUCCAAAAAUUUUCAGUUCAUUCUAAUGAGGAAUACAUUUACAGAUGGAUUUUGUAUUUGAAAUAAGUUAUUGCCAUAGUAAGAGAUAAUAUCAGGCAUAUUGCUAAUUAACAUAUGACCUGCACUAGCAAUGAAAGAUGAAAUUAGACUUAGAACUCAAAUAAAUCUAAAGUUAAAUUUUUUUCUUUUUAGUCAAAACUUGCUAAGAUAAACUACUAGAUCUCAAUUAACGUUAAACAUAACUUAAUAAAAAUGUAUAAAAUCAGAUGUUUCUUCUCAUCUUUUUCGAUCUUUUAAAAAUUCUAUUUAUAUUGUCUUUGAUUCCUCGAUGGAAUAUGUCUACAUUUAUUCGCCUACUAUUGUCAUUUAUGCUUAUCGGUUUUUUUUCUUUUCUCUCAUAUGUUCAUUUCUAUCGUUUCCUUCAUUACAGAUGCCAAAUUCGAUCGAUAAAACUACCAAACGUAAUCAUAUUCCACCGAUUAAAAAUAAUUUACCGGAACAAAUAAAAAUUUUUCCAGAUUCUAUAAAAAAAAGAUCAAACAAAAAUAAAUAAACCGAAUACAUUUUCAACGUAAAAGACAAAUUCAUUUACUUGUUAAUUUUUAAAUUGUUGUGUUUAGAUCCGAAGAUCAUAAACCUUUUCCUCAAAAAAUGUCAGCAACAACUAAUGAUACAUCUCAUUCAAUACUUACAAUAACUACAACUACAACAAAAGCCAUUAAUUCGAUUAAUAGUCAUAGUUUAGCUGAAUGCAUAUGUUCACUUCGUAAUGAAAUCUAUCAAAUGACUUGUCAUCAACCAAUUAGUGAAAUAUCAUGUGGUCAUAUUAUAUGUUAUUAA